AUUUGGUCACACUGCCGCACCUUUGUUUUGUUUAGUGUUUGUUGUUGUUGUGAGUGGAAGCGGCUUUUGCUUUUGGUUUAUUGAUUUGAUUUGCACCUGGCCGAACGAAACGCCAAAUGGCACGCGAUUCUCACCGCUUGUGAGUCGCCGGUGGCCCCCAACCCAAGGACAUUUCGGCCCCCAAAAGCCCACCGUAUUCGUAUUUGGCGACCCGCACCCGUUUUUUCAUGACCAAAACGGCGGCUGCGAUUCAAACGAAAUUCAAACCGCAAAACAUUCGGUCAUCGUCAAUCAAUCGAAGCGGUACUUAAUCGGCUGAAAAUAUAGACACACCAUGUCGGGGGACGGCAUUGGAAUAACCAAAAGCAGAGGAGGAGGAGGAGCAAGAGGAUCUGGUUCUGGAGCAAGUGCAUCCGAAACGGACAAUGUGACCGCCCUUGAACUACAGUCCAACAAACGCAUCCUGUACUUCAGUGAUGGGGUUAUGGAGGAGUUAUCUUCCAGCGAGGACGAAGCGGAUGGGGAAUUAGCUGACAAGUGCUACGACGGCCAUUUGAACGAGAGCGAAAUGGCGUUGGGACCACGCCUCCGGUACAAGGCCAGUCGGAUGGGCAACCGAUUCCUGGCCGGAAUCGACUACGUGGGCGGUGGGCUGGCACACCUGCUGGGAAUCACCAGCAGUAAGUAUGCCAGCGAAAUGGAGAACUACCAUAGGGCCAAGGAGAACGGCGACGAGGACCUUGACAAUUGGCAACCGCAGGCCUCGGCCAAUAAUAACCAGAAUGAGACCAUCGUUUUGUGCGGACCAACACGCAGUGAGGCGACCUUGCCACCCACUCGGCAAUAGGCAAAAAAACACCCAACCCGACGGGUGGGGUGGGUUUUCUUGCCCCGAAGACGGAAAAAUGCUCAUGGAGUAACGGCGACACUUGGAGACUCUAUUUUACUUGGUAAACCAAACACAAGAAACAAAUCAAAUCAAAUCAAAUGAAAUCAAAACAGAUCUUAACUUUUCGACACUUUAUUCGCUAGCAAAUAAGUUACAUAUAAUAAUAAAAAAUACACAUAAAAAAUACA